AUGAGGAGGGCUGCGCUGCUGCUGCUGCUGGUUGCGUCUGCAGCACUGGCAUGUAUGGACACAGGACUUCGGCGCACCAAACGGGAAGAACUUUUGAGUCGAUCCAAAAGACGAUGGGUUUUAUCAACAAUUGAAAUCACAGAGGAAGACCCGGGCGAUUACCCGAAAGUGAUAUCACAGAUGCAUAAUGACCAGCUAGAUAAAGGUGGCAGCGGACACAUAUUUAAGAUCAGCGGCGCCGGCGUGGAUGAGCCCCCGUUGGGUGUGUUCACCAUCAACGAACAGACUGGAAAAGUCUUUGCGCACAAGAAAGUAGACAGAGAAUUUAAAAGCGUUUUCCACAUUAAGUUUGACAUCCUGGACAAGGUUACCAAAGAGAGACUUGACAAAGAGCUCUCCUUUGAUGUGAAAAUCCAGGAUAUAAAUGACAAUGAACCAAAGUUUGAACACACCAAGAUAACAUUAUUUAUCAGAGAAGAUUAUGAGGAAGCUUCUGAUUAUUUGCCGGUGAGACUUAAGGCGUCAGAUCCAGAUGAACCAAAUAGCCCAAACUCGACCAUGACGUUCAGCCUGGUGUCGCAGAACCCCAAAGAGCCACCGAUGGAGUUGAAGACCAUUGAUGAGAGGACGGUGCACCUUAUGAUGAAUGGAUGCUUCGACUACGAUAAAGCAAAAAGGUACGAUCUCGUUGCAAAGGUUCAGGAUCAUGGAACGCCACCACUUUCUUCCACAGCACAAAUCACUAUCAAUAUCUUGGAUGCCAAUUCUCAUCUGCCGACGUUUCAGAAAUCGGAGUAUACUGGUGUAGUCAAUGAAUCGGUCACUGCAAAUGAUGUUGUAAGGGUUUCUGUGGACGAUAAGGACAACCCGCUGACCCCAGGAUGGAGAGCAAAAUAUUAUUUCAUCAGUGGAAAUGAUGAUAAUAACUAUGAAAUUGUGACUGACCCCAAAACAAAUGAGGGAGUUUUAUCGGUUGUAAAGGGGCUUAACUUUGAACGGACAACGAAGACCUCGAUAGUGAUAGGAGUGGAGAAUGAGGAGAAGCUGUUUCACUGUAAACAUAAUAAAGCCCCGCCUCCGAAGCACAGCACCGCCAACAUCAGCCUCACGGUCAUUGAUACAAACGAUCCACCAACUUUUGACAAAAAGGAGACGAGAGUGUAUCAAAAGGAAGAAGAUCCACCGGGAAAAGUGCUGUUCACUCCCGUAGUUCAUGACAUCGACUCGGACGUGAAGAACAUCAGGUUUAAAAUCCUCGAUGAUCCUGCGAAUUGGAUGAAAAUAGAUGAAGUGACGGGGAAAGUAUCAACUGUAAAGAAAAUGGACAAAGAGUCGCACCACGUGAACAAGGACGGUAUAUAUACAGUCUUAGUCGGUGCUGUUGAUGAUGGCGAGCCUCCAGCCACUGGCACGGGCACGCUCUACGUUUACCUUAAAGAUAUCAACGACAACGCACCUACACUGGUCAACGCAACUAUGACUUUCUGCUCACACGAGUACAAUAUCCCCGUGAAGGUCCAAGACCUGAAUGCUGUCCCAUUCACAGAGACAGACAACUCCCAACGCCACCUGGACAAUGACUCCAGGCAGACGCACAAACUCAGAGAGAGGCAGCGCUUCUUUGAGGAGGUCUACCAGCACGACGUGGACAACUACCUGCCCUCCACGCACCUGCAGAUCGACUGCAGAAAACCGCCCAUGGGCAGCAUCUCGUCCAUGGAGGUGAAUGUGGACGUCCUGGAGCAGAUGGACCUCAUGGACAUUUCGGAUCAGGAGGCUCUGGACGUGUUCCUCAACUCUGGCUCUGAGGCAGAAGACGCACCGCUGACCCCCUCGCUGGCAGAAGCCGAGGAGGAGGAAGAAGAGGAGGAGGAGGAUGACGAAGAGGCUGAGGUAGUGUACAGAGAGGGAGUGGCGCCCAAACGUCAGCACGAGACCAAAAGCAGGUCUAAAACCCGCAUCCUGUCCACCUCCUCCGGCUCCAGCGACACCAGCGCGGACGCCGACACUCCGGUCAUUCAGUCGGACGAUGAGGAGGUGCAGGUGGACACGCUGCUGCUGACCUCGCUGCCGCAAAACAGGGAGGAAGACAGCGAGGAAGAGGAGGAGGUGCAGAGACGCAACUGA